UCUUUUAAUAAAAAUUCUUUAGAUGAUUGUUGGCGCGCAAUAUUUAAUUUUGCAACAAUUUGGCAACAGUUUGAAUAAAAUUCUAAGCGAGCUAUGAAUCGCGCUCUGUAUGUGCCAUGCAGCAUUUACUCAAGGCGCCAGAACGCGGACGUCUUUCGAAAUGAUCCAUUCAAAAUUCAAUCGUACAACUUUCGUUAUGCGGAUAAGCCGGUGCAUCUAAUGUCGCAUUAUCAGCGCACGCAAGCCACGCCCACAUUGACGCCACCACCACCCAAGCCGCCCACAUUUGAAACCUAUUACUAUAAUAACAAAUUUAAGCAGCGCACUGAGCCAAAGCCGAGCAGCAAUUUUGUGGAAUAUCGACGACGCAGUUUGCUGCCAGAUUUUCAAUCCAUAGCUAGUGCCGCGCCAACGCCCAUAAAGGUGAGGGCGGAGCCCCGGAAGAUGCCGCCGCUGCUGAGCAGCUGCUGCCAGCGCGAUGAGUAUCAAAGCAUGCGACGUGGCCAAAGCGUCACCACCAUGCGCCAGAGCAGCAGCCAGAGCGUGGGGCAAGUGCGACGCGGCAGCGCCAGCUACAGCAAUUUGAGGCAACAACCAGUGGCGAGGAGCAGCCCGUCCAGCUCCACCUUCAAACUCUGUGGCAAGCGAAGCAACAGCAGCGGCUGCGCCAUUAACAUAAACAUAGGUGCACUCGACGCACACAGCGAGGUGGACAAGAGUGUGCGCAUAGAGAUUGACACCAAAGUGAGUGAGGAUAAGAUGGGCGCACGUUGUAGCACUGAGAGUUUUGUCAUUGACAAGCGGCUGAGCAAGUUUUUGGUGCAGUCAACGACGCAGCGUCAGCAGCUGGAGCGAGAUGAGCGGCACGAGCAACUGCAGCUGCAGCAGGAGCGACGCUGGCGUCAACACGAGCGUGAGCGUCAACGUGAGCGGGAGCGUGCGCUGGAUGAGCAGCGACUGCAGGCACUAGAGCGAGAAAGAGAGCGAGAUCGACUGCGGCUGCAGCAGCGCGAAACGCAGCGGCGAAGAGAGCAGGAGCGUGAGCGGGAGCGACUGAAUCGACAGCCAAUGAGAGCAAUGUCCAUGCCGAAUCCGGUGUUGGCGCCUGUGGUAAUAAUGAGCUCGCAUUUGCAGCGUGUGACCUCCAAUGAUCGACUGCCGGGCAUGGUGCCCUGCUUUGUGCACAGCUCACGGCGAGCCGAGCGACUGCAGCAAAGCACCAGAAGAUUAAGCACACUCAAGCAGCCCAUUGCACCUCAAUCUCCAAGGCAAAGUGCUCCCCCCGCCGCUCCGCCUGCUGCUCCAAUCGUUUUGGAGCGUCGCAGUUCCGGCUGCAGCAGCAACAUCAAUGCCAGCGUUCGUGCCUCAGAUAGCAAUGCGAGCUUGCGUCGUUUAUCUGCCACACGUUUGAACGAGCGCAAGCUGCUUAAUCUUCAAGUGAAUGGUGUUCCAGUCAAAGCCAAUCCCUCCAUACAUACGCGACUCAACAAUCUGCCCAUACGCAUUACCACAUCCCGUCCAGCGGGCGAUGAUUUGCGCUUCUCGCUUAACCAGGUGCGCAAUCAGCAGCGCAGCGACUCGCCGCUGGUCACAGCUCGUCGCUCUCCCUCACGCACGUCCACGAUCGCUCCCUGCAGUGUCAACAUCAAUGUCUAUGCGGAUCAGCCACGCCCACUGCGUUUAUAAAUUGUUAACACUUAAAAUUUGGCUGCACU